UCCGUAAAUCGAACACACGCGACUCCCAUCCUUCCUCUCGUUCGCGACCCGACCGAUCCCUCCCCCUUCCUCUUCGAUCGCAAGCCCUGGCCGAGCAGCGCUCCCUCUUCGUCGCGAGAGAUCGACAGGAUCACGCUCCCUCCGUCCAAGACCAUCACGCUCCCUCCGUCAAAGACCAUCACCUGUUGAGCGAACCGCCGACGGGAUCACACUUUCCUCCUAUUGCUCCUCUCCUACCCGAAACCAUUGAUGAAGGUAACCUCUCGUCUUCUUUAUCCGUCCAGAUUUACUAAAUCCACCCAUUCCAUUCACAGCAGGUGAAUCGGGGGUUUAAGGCGGGAAUCUGUGAAAUCCGGAUUUAUCAAAUCCGAGGCUUUAUCUUGUCCAAGACACCGUCUGGCAAGAUUUAGGUUAAAUCCAGCUUAAAUUCUGCUCUAAAUCCGUUACUGUAGUAAUUCCCCGGCGGAAUCUGAUUACCAUUGGGCUGAGCGCUCCAUGGAUCGGCAUAAAUUAGAUGCGGUGAGUCGUAGGGAUUAUUCAUCUCAGCCAAGUCGCAGAAACUCUAAAAGAAGUCAUAGUAGACAUGGUCGGGGGGACUCAUCUGAAAGUGACGGUGGGUAUGAUUUUGGAUCAGAUGAUGGCCACAAAAAGCGCCAUAAAUCAAGAAAAAUAUCGGAGGAAGAGAUUAUGGAGUAUAUGGCCAAGAAAGCGCAGAAGAAGGCGCUGAAAGUGGCCAAGAAGCUUAAGUCACAUGUGGUCUCCGGCUACUCAAAUGAUUCAAAUCCUUUUGGAGACUCAAAUCUUACUGAAAAGUUUGUAUGGCGUAAGAAGAUAGAACGCGAUGUCUCUCAAGGCCUAAUUGUGGACAUAUCUAUUGCAUCUGAGAAGAAAAGACAAAGGGAAAGAAUGGCUGAGAUUGAAAAGGUUAAGAAAAGGAGAGAGGAAAGAGCAGUUGAGAAAGCACAACAUGAGGAGGAAAUGGCUAUGCUAGCAAGGGAGCGUGCUAAGGCUGAAUUUCAAGAUUGGGAAAAGAAAGAAGAAGAGUUCCAUUUUGAUCAAAGUAAAUUUAGAUCAAUGAUUAGACUGCAAGAGGGGCGUGUGAAGCCAAUUGAUAUACUUGCCAAGAAUCUUGAUUGUUCAGAUGAUUUUGACAUUGAAAUAAAUGAGCCUUACAUGGUAUUUAAGGGCCUAACAGUUAAAGAAAUUGAAGAGCUUUGGGAUGACAUCAAAAUGUAUCAGGACAUGGAUAGAUCUACAGAAAUUCGAAUCAAAUUUUGGGAGGCCUUAAUGGUAGUAUGUAGUUGGGAGCUAGCUGAAGCUCGCAAAAGGGAUGCAUUGGAUCGUGCUAGGGUGCGUGGUGAGGAACCACCUGCUGAGAUUCUAGCUGAAGAAAGGGGUUUACAUUCAAGUAUAGAAUCAGAUGUAAAGAGACUUUUAGAAGGAAAAUCUUUUGUAGAUUUGGAAAAAAUGCAAGAAAACAUUGAGUUACAAAUGCGGUCUGGUACUGCUAAGGUUGUUGAAUACUGGGAAGCUGUUUUAAAACGUCUUCAAAUCUACAAAGCCAAGGCUUGUUUGAGGGAAAUUCAUGCCAGUCUUUUGCGGAAGCAUCUCCUUCAUCUAGAGCAUCCUCUGGAGGAUGGGCAGGUUUUUGAAAAAACAGAAACUAUAAAGCCUACUGUGGUAGAUGAUGUAGAAGUUGCAAAUGAGCAUCAACAGUUUUUUGAUGAUAUUGAAAAAGAUGAGUCAGAUAAUGAGCCAGAGGAAGAACUAGGCUCAUUUUCCCCUAAGCUCCUACAUGUAGUUGAGAAUGAGGAAGCUAUUGAUCCUGAAGAAGACCAGGCUGAACUGUGUCGAAAACGUGAAGCUGUACUAACAGAGCAACAAAGAAGGGUCAAGGAAGCAAUGCAAACAAAAGUGAUCGUGCUUGAUGACUUGGAACUGAAAGCAGUUAAAGCAAUGGGAGCAAUGGAGGAGGGUGAUACUGUUUUUGGUGCUGGUGCUGAAGUUAAUCUGGAUUCACAGGUGUACUGGUGGCAUGACAAAUAUAGGCCCAGAAAGCCAAAAUACUUCAAUCGGGUUCACACAGGAUAUGAAUGGAACAAGUAUAAUCAAACACAUUACGAUCAUGACAACCCUCCCCCGAAAAUAGUGCAGGGUUAUAAGUUCAACAUAUUUUAUCCUGAUCUUGUCGACAAAUCAAAAGCUCCGGUGUAUACGAUCGAAAAGGAUGGCAUCAGCAACGAGACAUGCAUAAUAAGAUUUCAUGCAGGACCACCUUAUGAAGACAUUGCCUUUCGAAUAGUAAACAAGGAAUGGGAGUAUUCUCAUAAGAAGGGCUUCAAGUGCACAUUCGAGCGAGGAAUCCUUCACGUUUACUUCAAUUUCAAACGAUAUCGUUAUCGUAGGUAGAAGUCCCAAGUUUGCAAUCAUUGAAUUGCUUCGAAGAGAAAACAAUGAGUGUGAUCGAUCGAUCGGCGGUUGAAGAAGAUCAGUCUUCGCUUUGUAUUUGUAGCCCAUAUUUUGCUAAAAUUUAGAAUUAACUUAUAUGUAUAUAUGAAGCCACAUCUUAUUGAUACUUGGUGGCUCUAAUAUUGUUACUAUUUAGUUAAUGUUAACCAAAGUUAUGUUUGA